AUGUCUGAUCAUCAAACACCUAGCGUUUCACCAGCAACAACAACAUCGGGGGAAAUUGUUCAUGAGCAACAACCAGCUGCUACUGUUGCUGCUGUAGAAAAUACAACAACAAUUCAAGAACCAACUUCAAGUGAAGUAAAUUUAGUGUCAACAUCGGAAACAAGUAAUAGUGGGAAUGAUGAUAAAAAGAGAAAGAAUCCACCUUCCGAAUCAUCAAAUGACAAGAAGAAGAGAAAGGAAAAUUAUAAGAAGGGAGGUAAAGGAACAGCUUCUGCCAAGAGAGAUAAUGAUUGGGGUCCAAGAGAACCUAAAGAAAAAAAGGAAGGAGAAGAAAAAUUCCAAAAAAGAAGAGUUGCAAUUUUCAUUGGGUAUUUGGGAACAAAUUAUAAUGGUUCACAAACUUCAAAUUUUACCAAUCCUAAUGUCAAGACUGUAGAAGAAACUGUGUUUAAAGCUCUUUGUCAAGCAGGAGGUGUUUCUGGUGACAAUAGUACUGACAUGAAUAAGGUUCAUUUUCACAGAAGUUCAAGAACUGACAAGGGUGUUCAUGCUGCCUCAAAUGUUUUGGAAAUGAAACUUUUAAUGAAACCAGGAUUGGAAGAAGAAAUGAGAAAACUUUUACCUGAGGAUAUUGUUUUUUAUGGAUACAAAAAGGUAUCUAAAUCAUUCAAUGCUAAGGAACAUUGUACAGCUCGUACCUAUGAAUAUUUAUUACCUGCUUUUGCAUUAUCACCAGAUCCAAAAGCAGCAACAUGGUUUGGACAAAUUAAUAUUGACAAGAUUACCAAGGAGGAUGUGGAAAGUGAAAAUUUGAAUGAUAUUUACAAUUAUGAUCCAACAGAUGAACAAAUUGAAAAGGCUAAUCGUGUUUUGAAAAACUUUGUUGGAACCAAUAGUUUCCAUAAUUAUACUCAACUCACAAAAGCCAAGCCAAACUCUUUCAAUAGACACAUUACCAAGUUUGAAUGUUCUAAAGCUUUUGAAAUUGAUGGAAUGAAAGUUGUCAAGCUCACUGUCACUGGUUCUUCAUUCAUUUAUAACCAAAUCAGAAAAAUGGUUGGUUUCAUGAUUGCUGUCAUGCGUGGUUCCCUCAAUGAAAGUGAUUUCAGUACCUCUGUUGAUAAGGAAGUUACUGCCAACGUUCCACUUGCUCCAGCCAAUGGAUUAUUAUUAUGUGAACAAGAAUUCAAGAGAUAUAAUGCUAAACAAGGAGCCAAAGUUAAUGGUCACGUCACUCCUUCCGAUUAUUACAAGGAGAUGGAAGAAUUCAAGAAGAGAAUCUAUUCCCACAUGUUGAAACUUGAAAAGGAAGAAGGUAUCAUUGCUAAAUUCCUUUUACAUUCUAGGGGGUGGAGAUUAUCGAAGGGAUCUAAAGGAGAACCAAUUAACAAUGUCGAGGAACCAGUAUUAGAAUCAAUCGAAGAAGAUGAAUAAAUAGCUUAGGUUUAUUGAAUG